ACCAGAUCGUGAUUAUUAAGAUCAAGUAGAAAUAUGUGGGGAGGAGAUCACGAGGAGAAUUUGGAACCCUAAUCCUCCGUCACCGUAUUUCCCUUUCUUGUCCCCGACUUUUUGGGAAGACCGAUAUCCCGUGAGAGUUCCUGUGUUUCUUUGCAGCUUUUGAGAGAGGAUUCGAUCCGAAUUAGAUUGGGGUGAGUUUAAUUUGUGGGGUUGAUGGGGUUUCUCAAGAAGUUGGCGGGGAUUCUAGGGUUUGGGAGGGACGAUGGUGGGCAUGAGGUGGUGAAAGACGAGGAGGAGGAUGGAGAUAGUACUGGAGCAGGCUCCGGCGACGGAGAUAAACGGCGUGCCGACAAUCAGCCAAGGUUUCGUGAAACCGGGCUUCCGAGGAAAGGCUUCGGUGUUCCUGUCCAAGUUGCCGUUGAACGAUCUAAUCCCGGUCCUGUUCUCCUACCUUGCACCGCCGGAGACGGUGGUGUUCAGGGUCUAAGAUGGUAUUCCAAGCGGCUAAGAGUUGAUGAAGACGGAGAUGUGGCAGAUGAAUUUCUGGAAGAAAUCCUGCCAGAGCAAUGGGCAAACCGAGAGGAUCACAACAAUACUACACUUAGGCUCGAAUUGAAGAACGGAGCAAGACCUGCCAAAGUCAGAGGCCUAAUGGUAUCUUCUGACGGGAAACUCCAGCAAUACGUCGAACAUCAAGGAAGAUUGAUACUAGUGUGAGGCGAAAAAACUCGUAACGGGGCAGAGGUUAGAACCCUGUUUUGUUUUAGCCUCGGUCCUGAGAUCAAACGGUAGAAACCUGAUACGGUUUGUCGUGUAAUGAUAGAUUUCUGUAUUGAUUCUUGAGAUGUGGUGUUCUUUUAACAUUAUUGUCACUUGCCACAAAGUAGAAGGUUGUAGUAGACAAAGUCAAUUGGGAUCUGUCAGCAAGGAGAUUUCAUGUGAUUUUAACU